CCUGAAUUUUGCUUUUUAGGAAUGGUGUAGAGGAGCCUAUGGAGGAACCAGCCCCAGAACCGGAACCAGAACCUGAGCAGGAGCCAAAGGCCGAGGAGGUUAAACCUGAGGUGGAGGAAAAGGUUUUGGAAGAGCUGGAGGAGAAGGCGCCGUCUCCGACGCCUGUAGAGUCUCCACCAAACACCCAGGAGCCUGCUAAGCCUUUCUCCUGGGCUUUGGUGACCAGUAAAAACCUGCCUCCUUCUGGCACAGUCACCUCCUCUGGACUCUCUCCUCAUGUUGUUAAAGCCCCAAGCUCACAGCCACGAGUUGAAGCAAAGCAGGAGACGCAGGCGGCACCUCUGCGCCCCAGAGACCAGCGCACCCGUGAUAGACCGACCUUCACCCAGCGAGGUCCCCGAUCCGAAGGGGUUCCGUCUUCAGAGUCACAAACGGGGAAACCACACAUAAGUUUUGUCAACAAAGGAGGAAGAGACGCUGAAUCUGGUGACAUGGACAGCAGACGGAUCGUGCGGUACCCUGACAGCCACCAGCUUUUUGUUGGCAACCUCCCACAUGACAUCGAUGAGGCCGAGCUCAAGGAGUUCUUCAUGACUUAUGGCAACGUGGUGGAGCUGAGAAUUAACACCAAGGGCGUCGGUGGAAAGUUGCCCAAUUUUGGAUUUGUGGUCUUCGACGACUCUGAUCCCGUGCAGAGAAUCCUGGGGGCCAAGGUAGAAGGGCCCAUCAUGUUCCGAGGCGAGGUUCGUCUGAACGUGGAGGAGAAGAAGACCAGAGCUGUGCGCGAGAGAGAGACCCGAGGCGGGGAUGACCGCCGAGACAUGAGGCGCAGCGACCGGGGCCCUGGCGGUUCGCGAGGCAUUGUCGGCCCUGGGAUGAUGCGUGAACGCGACGGGAGGGGACCGCCACCUCGAGGCGGAAUGGCCCCCAAACCCGGCAUGGGUCCAGGAAGAGGCUCCGGCGGGCAGGGGGAGAGCCGCUUCACCCCACAGCGCCGCUAAGAAGAGCACCACCUGUAGUGUGGAAGUAGUAUUGUGUUCUUCAUCUUCAGCCGUUCUCAUUAAUGAAAAGAAAUCAUCAUGUAUAAAGUAUAUAUUUGGUGGUGUAUUUUUUUUUUUUUUUCCCGGCUUUUUUUUUUUCUCCCCCCCCUCUCCAUCUUGCUUUGGAAUGUGACACAGCCUGUCAACCAUCUCUGUGAAAUAGACAAAACAAGCAAACAACAAAAAUGUUCACUUAUUAGUUGUGAGCUGAGCAUCCUUUUUUUUUUCCUCUUUUUUUUUUGGGUAUCUCAAGAGUUCAAACCUGAAUUUGUCAAUUUGUGAUUGAAGGCAACCUAAGCAGCACUAGUCUGCCACAUUUAGGAGGGACUGAUGAGACUUUAAUCUACAGCAGAACAGCCCAACAGUUUCAGAGAGAUUAUAAGCCUUGACAUAACUGAGGUAUUAAUUCAUAAAAUUCCUCAAUUGCACAUUUUAUAUUGUAGAUUUCUGCCCGUCAUUGAGGGGAAAGUGAUAUGCAGGAUUUGGUUUGCCUUUCACCUUUCCCCUGUUUUGAGAAAGAGACCACUGCUACAAAAUUGCAUAAUGCACUCAUCAAUAUGCACUAACGGGUUCCUUUGUGUCGUUCCAUUGACGUCCUCGCUGGGACCGCAGCUGAAGAGGCCUGUGUUAAAGCUGUUUCACAGCCUGGCUGCUGUGACCAAUGUACUAUUGUAUCUUUGACCCAAAACUACCCUGCAGUCACUGCUGGAUGGACAAACAAAUCUUUUUUUUUUUUGUCAUUUGUAAAUAAAGGUUAACUCCUGGACAUGACCUUUUACCAAACAAGUUGGGGACGGAGGAUCAGCAGAUCGAUGAUGGUGGCUCGCUGUUUAUAUUUUGAUUCCAGCUUUUUUUUUCUCCUGCCUGCUUGACUGCGAAACUGGGAUGAACGAAACCAUUUCUCCCUCUUCCCUCCCUUCCUGUCAUGAAUGUGGAGAAACUGAAUAAAUGUAAAGCAAACAAAAUCAGUUGAUUAUAUGCUUUGCUUUUCUGUGUAUAAUUAUUUUCUCUCAACUUGGUUUAAGGAUAAAAUAGCAUGAUGGUGCCUUUCGAGUUCACCUCUUCAAGUCUUACUGAAGUGCAAAGCGGUUCGGGGUUUACAGAGCUGCUGCUUUUUGAACUAUAAUCUGCAGAUAGCAGACAGAAAUCUAACAGUAUUCAUAAGAUUUAUGUUAUUCAGGUCCAGACUUUACUCUUUCCGUACUGUUUGACUACCUAAGAUGAUCUGCUGUGAGCUUUGUACAUUUUUAUUUGCUGUGAUUCUCUUGGGUUUUAUUUUUUUUUUAAUAGAUAACAGGUGCCUGCCGUUUGUUUAAAUGGGUAAUAAAUGCAUCCAAGGAACUUUCAGUCCGAAACAAAAGGUACAUAAACGGUUAUUAAAAUGUCUAAUCCUUGGUUUACCAGAUCGUUGCUCCACAGGGGCUUGAAUUACUGUCGGACUUCUUAUUCCACCUGGUGGCAGAACUUAAGAUGGUCCUUGGACUCUAAAGUUUGUUUCCCAACGGUUUUGUACCUGCAGCGUUCGGUCGAGUAAAUAUUUGUGAACAUUUUUCUAUUAAUGCAUUUGUAUUUUCACAUGCUGAUCGUUCACUGAUCAUUUUAGUGUUUUUUUUUUUUUUCUGCUUCAGGCCAAAUUAGUUCUGUGGCCCUUUGAAUGGAUUUUUAUUUUCUGUUUAUCAUUCAGUAGGGAGGGAAGUGGGGAAGAAACAUUUAAUUACUCCUUGAUUUAUUUUGUCUUGCACUGAAAUGGAAAGUUAAGUCGUUAUGUAGCUUUGUUAUUUUCCUCUCCUUGAUAAAUAUACUUUGGUCUUC